AGGAUUGGAAGAAAACGACGUUUUCAGUAACGCGGGUGUGGAAUGGGAGUGUCGUUUAUUAGCUAGCGAAGAUAUUUGCACUCAAGACUGCAGCGACGUGAUAACAGAAGUGGGAGAUGGUCCUUCUUCACCUCCCAAGGUUCCCUCUCUACUUUGUAGCCUCAGCUCACUCACUUUCCCUCCGAACUUGUUCCACUCCCUCCAUAAACACCCUCUUACACUUACACGCACCCAAAUCCACUCUCACCACCUCAGAACCCGAAACCAUAACCCCUUCCCCAUCAGAGUUGUCCCUCGAGAAGCUCUUUAUACCACCGGAUACUCCUGUUUCACUGGACAGUGCCAGAAUCCUCAAUGGUUCAAACAUCUUGCUCAGCAACUACGCUGAUGAUGCUCUGGUUUCGCAAGCCGAAUUUGUGAAAAGCAGUGUGAGAACCGAAGAUUGCCCCUCCGAUGGCCUCCCCGAGUUCGCUCUCGUUGGACGCUCCAAUGUUGGCAAAUCAUCGCUCCUUAAUUCUCUCGUGCGUCGCAAGAAACUCGCCUUAACUUCGAAGAAACCUGGAAAAACACAAUGCAUUAACCAUUUUCGGAUUAAUAAUAGCUGGUAUCUGGUUGAUUUGCCUGGCUAUGGGUAUGCAUCUGCACCGCAGGAACUUAGAAUGGAUUGGGGAAAUUUUACCAAGGACUAUUUCCUUAACCGGUCAACCUUAGUUUCAGUAUUCCUUUUAAUAGAUGCUAGCAUCCCAGCUAAAAAAAUUGAUCUUGAGUAUGCCAGUUGGUUGGGUCAGAAUCAGAUCCCAAUGACAUUAAUCUUCACCAAAUGUGACAAACGGAAGAAGAAAAAGAAUGGAGGCAAAAGGCCAGAAGAAAACAUCAAUGAUUUUCAGGACUUGAUCCGUGGCUUCUUUGAAACAGUGCCUCCAUGGAUCAUGACCAGUAGUGUCACCAAUCAGGGUCGUGAUGAGAUACUCCUCCAUAUGGCCCAGCUACGAAACUACUGGCUCAAGCACUAGUUCCAAAAACAUGGCAUACUGUUGUUACUUGUUAGACCAGAUACACGUUUCCAGAUAGAUUACUUGAUUACCAGGUAAUAUGGUUAUCAAUUUAUCUAAUUCCAUGGUGUGCCAUUUAUGUAUUGCCCAAGUUCCAAUGGAAGGCCUAAAGCAAGUGUUAUGAAAGCUGGAUAAAGAGAUAAUUUAGAACAAAGCUUGAUACCGUAUACAACACCCUGCCAGCGUGAGGCUCUACUUCCAGCCCUGUACAAUUGUUUUAAUAAAGUUAGGUUUGGAUUUUUUACAAAUGGUUGUUAGCAGCGGAAAAUUAAUUAUGAUAUUUUCAUUCAAUUACUUGUACGCUUAACAAGUUCUAUCAUAAUUGAUUUUAAGGCUCCCAACUUUGCCCCUGCCUCGAAAUUUUCUUCACUUGAUGGAAAACGAUCACUGACGAUGGACGUUUAUUUUCUUGUGGUUGGAGAUGAGCUGAAGAAUCAAAAUACCACGCGAGGAUGCAGUCGGAAAGGAAUACCCAUAUAAAAACUUUUGGCAUUUUCUCUUUAUACGUCGGUGAGAAGAGUGGGAUAUAAGAUAGCAUUCUUCAAUUUUUAAACCUCGACAAAUCUAUCAAUUAUUCUUUAUGCUCUCCGUUGUCUAAAUAAUUAUUUAGAUCCCUGACAUGCACUUUAAACAUAACUAUUAACCAGAUAACCCUAGCAUGUUGAACAGCGGUGACCCGAAUUGUACUCAUGGACUCGUAAGAGGCGCAAGUUAGGUCAGCUAAGCAUCAACAACGAGACCUGCUCUUUCCAAAAUGGUCCCAGAACCAUUUCGGCUGCCAUAUUUUGUUUUUAUUUAGAACUUUUUGGGGGCUGCAGAGCAUUUACCUUGACCUCUAUAUACAAAGAUGGCAGCAUGAGAAAGUUUGAAUAGUCCGGAUAGUGGGACUGUCUCCGCUUUGUGCUACAUCGUUUCUUGGGUGCACUAUAGUGUGUAUUUGCUUCUGCAUAUUGAAUUGUUGGUGCAGAUUUUUCAUAAACUUAUAGGAGUAUUUGAUGCGAGUCCAAGGAAUAAGUUUGAGCAAUGUUAUUGAGUUGGCAUGGCAUGGUUUUGAUUAAGGGGUCACAAUCUGGACACAUUCAUAGAACCUGUUGAAAAUGUUUCAUUGAACAUGUCAUAAAACACCAUUUUUUCCUACUUUAAUUAUUCAUUGAACUAAUAAGUUACACCUAAAAUCUCCAAUUCCAAAAUUUUUAACUGUAGCUUCUAGCAAAGGUUACCCAACUACUAGUCAAUUAAAUCCAAUAAAUAUUCUUUACAUAAACAGCUAAUAAUAGUU